AGUAUUGCCUGUUGGCAGAGAGGUUGGGGUUUUUCCAGUGUUUUUUAUUGGAAAUCACUCUCGGUUUCGUUUUUCGUUUACAGGAGCAGCAGCAGCUCUGAUAACACAGCGCUACCUGUCCCGAGCUCAGAGCGCGCGCUGUCCCGAGCUCUGUCCCGGAGAUGUUGUGCUACUGGGGGGAGGAGGAGGGGGUCAGAGCGGGGUUCGGGCUGGUGAAGCCGGGCAGAGUGCAGAGAACCCAGUCCGGGGUUUCCUUCUUUUCUCCGGGGGGCAGAAUCACACAGCUCGCGGCCGGGCAGAGGCUGGUGGGAUUUAUCCGCGGAGAUGGGUCUGUGUCCGUCCUCAGACUGACCCCACUCGAAGCCCCGUGCGAGAGUCUGGAGCUGAAAGAGAAAAUCAGACUGAUGAGCUGUGGAGAAACACAAGCUGUUCUUCUGGCAGAUGGUGGCAAAGUUCUUUUGAUGGACCAAUUAAACUUUUGCAGACCCGUCGCUGAGCUCUCUGGUACAAAAGUAAUUCAGGUUGCAUGUGGAAACCAGCACUGCAUGGCAUUAACCCACGAUGGUCAGCUGUUCACGUGGGGUGAGAACUCCAGUGGUCAGUUGGGUUUAGGUAGUGGCAAGUCCAACUCUCCUCAGCCCCUUAGAUCACUGCGUGGAAUACCCCUGGCUCAGAUCAGCGCUGGAGGAGACCACAGCUUCGCCCUGUCUCUGUCUGGAACUGUGUUUGGGUGGGGCAGGAAUAAUGCAGGGCAGCUGGGCCUGGGCAAUGCUGAGAACAGGUCCACUCCAGCCUGUGUGAAUCACCUGAACCUCAAGAAAACAGUCUUCAUCUCAUGUGGAGAAGAUCAUACUGCCACUCUGUCAAAGGGAGGAACUGUUUUCACAUUUGGUUCAGGCCGUUUUGGGCAGCUUGGACACAACUCAUUCAGAGAUGAACUUCGACCUCGUGUGGUUGCUGCACUCUGGGGGUCCAAGGUGUCCCAGAUCACCUGUGGAAGAAAUCACACUCUAGCACUGGUAUCUUCAUCAAACACGGUCUACUCCUUUGGAUGGCAGCUGGGAAAUGGGCAGCAGACCAAUCAGUGUGUGCCAUUACCUGUAGACCUUCUACCAGAAUCAAAUCACGGCCAGGAAAUUGAGCAGAUCGCUGCUGGUGGGAAUCAUUCCUUUGCUUUGUGCUCUCAGCAGGAAAAUGACUCUGUGCAGCCAGAGUCAACCCAAAAUGAGGGUAUUUUGGUAUUGGAGGACAGACUAAUUGAUAGAUGGAUAAGUGAAUGUGGCACAAACCAGUGGAAGACCAUCAAAAAAGAAAUUACACAAGUGUUCUCAUCAGCAGCAUGCCUAAAUGGGAGCUUCGUUAAAAAAAGCUGUGAUGGACACUAUCAGACUUCUACAAACUUCUCUGGAUUGGAUUUGGAGUCUGUGAGAGCUGCUUUUGAACGAUUAGCUAAGAAGGACAUGGUGCUGUUGGAGGUGGAGAAGAUUGUGGAGAAUAAGCUGCUUCCGUCUCUGGGUGAUGCUGCUUUUGACGUGGAAGCUCUGAGGAUUUACCUCAUCCUGCCUGAACUCCUCAGAGUGCUGAACAAACCUCUGCGUGAGAUGAAGCUGACUGCUGAACUGGCCUCUGCCAUCUUAAGGCUGAAACCAUUUAUGCUCCAGGUUUUGAAGAACUACUGGUCUGAGCUCCCUGUUGACUUCCUUAAACACUUGGUGGAGCUCUUUCGUAAACCAUUAGCACACAUCAUAUCUCAGAAAACAUAUCACCCACAAGCAGACAUCACAGAUGAACAUCUAAAGAAAUUUGUCCAAGUCCUACAGUUGAUCUACAAGGCAUCCUGCAGCAGCCAAAGAGAAAUCACCACCGAAGAUUUCUUCAUCCAUGACAUCAAUAUCAUUUUUGAAACAAUGGCAACCGCUUUCACUCAGAUGUCUUUGAAUUUUUUCCAGAACUUUGAAGUGUUGAUAAAUAUACAGUAUCUAGUGGUCAUUCUAAAUUACCUUAAGUCCAGUCCCUGCAUCUUCAACCUGGAAGCUAAAUGCAACCUGCUGAAAAUCAGACCAAUUUAUAGCCUUUUCAGACUGGAGUUAAGACGCACUGCACUGCUGGAGGACUGUUUCAGGCAGCUGAAAACUGCUAAUGAGUGGGCUCUGAAAGGAUGCCUGCAGGUGGUGUUUUCUGAGCAGAAAGAGGAAAUAAAAGACGUCCAUAAAAGAGACUUUUUCAUCAAUGUAUAUCAAGAGUUGUUGAUGCCAGAGUCUGGAAUGUUCAUGUACAACGACUCGAAAACACUGAUCUGGUUUCCCUCUGAGCCCAGUUUUCCGGAGGAGAGGUACUUCCUGUUCGGUUGCCUGUGUGGUUUGGCCUUUUACAACAACAGUGUGGUGAACCUGCCCUUUCCUUUAGCUCUGUUCAAGAAGCUUGUCAACGUUCAGCCUUCACUGGAGGAUCUCACAGAGUUCAGCCCUGUACUUGGACAGAGCCUUCAAUCCAUACUGGACUACAGUGAUGAAGAUCUUCAGAGUGCAGAGAUGCCUUACACAAUUGUCUGGGACAACCAAGUCAUCGACCUGGAUCCAAAUAAGCCUGAGAAGGUCAUCACAAGCUCAAACAAAAAGAAGUUUGUGGAAGCCUAUGUUGAUCAUGCCAUGAACGGGUCAGUGGAGCGAGUGUUCGAGGAGUUCAGGAGGGGCUUCUAUAAAGUGUGUGAUCGAGAUGUGGUGAAGUUGUUCCUGCCUGAGGAGCUGAGAGGAGUGAUGUUGGGCUCAGAGGAAUACGACUGGGACAUCCUCAAACAGAAUGUGACUUAUGAAGGAUUGUUCCAUCCAAGACACCCAACUAUCAUCUCAUUCUGGGAAGUGUUUGAUGAACUGUCAGCCAGAGAUAAGAAAGCCUUCCUCUUGUUUCUGACAGGUUUUGACAGAGUGCCUGUUCUCGGUAUGAACCAGGUGAAGAUGAGAGUUCGCCCCCUGUUGUUCUACACCCAAGACCACUUACCUGAGGCUCUUACCUGCCAUUCCCUCCUGGAGCUUCCAGUGUACAACACCAAGGAAACACUCAGAGAUAAACUCACAGAGGCCCUACAGCACAAGAGAGGAUUCUGGGACGAUGAAAACACCAGCCUUUAUAAAGAACAGACAGAGCUGCUCAGAGCGCGCGCUGUCCCGAGCUCAGUCCCAGAGAUGUUGUGCUACUGGGGGGAAGAGGAGGGGGUCAGAGCGGGGUUCGGGCUGGUGAAGCCGGGCGGAGUGCAGAGAACCCAGUCCGGGGUUUCCUUCUGUUCUCCGGGGGGCAGAAUCACGCAGCUCGCGGCCGGGCAGAGGCUGCUGGGUCUCAUCCGCGGAGAUGGGUCUGCGUCCGUCCUCAGACUGACCCCAUCCGGAGCCCCGUGCGGUAAACCCAAGGGUCUGAAUCUGAAUCUGAAUGACAAGAUCCAAUUGAUGAGCUGUGGAGAAACACAAGCUGUCCUUGUGGUAAACGGAGGGAAAAUUAUUUGGAUGAACCAGUCUAAUAUUUGCAGGCCAAUCAGUAAGCUCUAUGGUAGGAGCAUAAUUCAAGUUGCAUGUGGAAAGCAGCACUGCAUGGCAUUAACCCACGAUGGUCAGCUCUUCACGUGGGGUGAGAACUCCAGUGGUCAGUUGGGUUUAGGGAGAGUCGAGCCCAGCUUUCCUCAGCCCCUCAGGUCUCUGUGUGGGAUCCCACUGGCUCAGAUCAGCGCUGGAGGAGACCACAGCUUCGCCUUGUCUAUGUCCGGAGCUGUGUUUGGGUGGGGCAGGAACAAUUCAGGGCAGCUGGGCCUGGGGGACACUGAGGACAGGUACACUCCAGCCUCUGUGACUCACCUGAGUCUCAAGAGAACAGUCUUCAUCUCAUGUGGAGAGGAUCACACUGCCACAUUGUCAAAGGGAGGAACUGUUUUCACAUUUGGAUCAGGCUGUUUUGGGCAGCUUGGACACAACUCAUUUAUAGAUGAACUUCGGCCUCGUGUGGUUACUGCACUCUGGGGGUCUAAGGUGUCCCAUAUCACCUGUGGAAGACAUCACACUUUAACUCUGGUUCAUUCAUCAAACACGGUCUACUCCUUCGGACGCGGGCAGAUGGGAAAUGGGCAGCAGACCAAUCAGUGUGUGCCAUUACCUGUAGACCUUCCACCAGAGACGAAUCACAACCUGACAAUUGUGCAGAUCGCCGCUGGUGGAAAUCUUUCCUUUGUCCUGUGCUCUCAGCAGGGAAAUAACUCAGAUUACCCAAAACCAAAGCAAGAGAGAAGAAUUGUGGUAUUGGAAGACAGACAAAUUGACAGAUGGAUCAGAGAAUGUGACACAAAGCAGUGGAAGACCAUCAAGAAAGAGAUCAAAAGAGUGUUCUCAUCAGCAGCAUGUCUAAAUGGGAGCUUCAUUAAAAAAAGCUGUGAUGGACACUAUCAGACUUCUACAAACUUCUCUGGAUUGGAUUUGGAAUCUGUGAGAGCUGCUUUUGAGCGAUUAGCUGAGAAGGACAAGGUCCUGUCGGAGGUGGAGAAGAUUGUGGAGAAUAAGCUGCUUCCGUCUCUGGGUGAUGCUGCUUUUGACGUGGAGGCUCUGAGGGUUUACCUCAUCCUGCCUGAACUCCUCAGAGUGCUGAACAAACCUCUGCGUGAGAUGAAGCUGACUGCUGAACUGGCCUCUGCCAUCUUAGGGCUCAAUCCAUUUAUGCUCCAGGUUUUGAAAAACUACUGUUCUGAGCUCACUGAUGACUUCAUUAAAACACUGGUGGAGCUCUUUCGUAAUCCAAUAGCAAAGAUCAUAUCUCAGAAAACAUUUAACCCACAAGCGGACAUCACGGAUGAACAUCUGAAGAAAUAUGUGCAAGUUCUACAGUUGGUCUACAAGGCAUCAAGCAGCAGCCAAAGAGAAAUCAUCACCAGAGAUUUCUUCAUCUAUGAGAUCAAUACCCUUCUUGACAUUUUGCAAGUUGUUACGGCGACCCCUAAUUGGUUUCAGAACCCUGUGUAUCUUGUAAAUGUACAGUAUCUUGAGCAAAUACUAAAUGUCCUGAAGUCCAGCCCUUGCAUCUUCAACCUUGAGGCCAAAUGCACCCUUCUGAAAAUCAGACCAGUUCAGUGCUCUUUACGACUGGUGUUGAGACGCACUGCUCUCCUGGAGGACUGUUUCAGUCAGCUGAAGACUGCUAAUUGUUUAGUUCUGAAAGGAAGGCUGCAGGUGGUGUACUCUGAGAACCUUGAAAAGACAGAUGUUAAUAAAAGGGACUUUUUCCACAAUGUGUUUCAAGAGUUGUUGAAGCCAGAAUCUAAAAUGUUCAUGUACAACGACACAAAAACACUCAUCUGGUUUCCCUCUGAGCCCAGUUUACCAGAGGACAGGUACUUCCUGUUCGGUUGCUUGUGUGGUCUAGUAUUUUACAACAACAGUGUGGUGAACCUGCCCUUUCCUUUAGCUCUGUUCAAGAAGCUCCUCAACGUCCAGCCUUCACUGGAGGAUCUCACAGAGUUCAGCCCUGUUCUUGGAAAGAGCCUUCAAUCCACACUGGACUACAGUGAUGAGGUUCUUCAGAGUGCAGAGAUGCCUUACACAAUUUUCUGGGACAACAAAGUCAUCGACCUGGAUCCAAACGAGCCUGAGAAGGUCAUCACAAGCUCAAACAAAAAGAAGUUUGUGGAAGCCUAUGUUGAUCAUGCCAUGAACGGGUCAGUGGAGCGAGUGUUCGAGGAGUUCAGGAGGGGCUUCUAUAAAGUGUGUGAUCGAGAUGUGGUGGAGGUCUUCCAGCCCGAGGAGCUGAGAGGAGUGAUGGCGGGCUCAGAGGAAUGUGACUGGGACAUCCUCAAACAGAAUGUGACUUAUGAAGGAUUGUUCCAUCCAAAACACCCAACUAUCAUCUCAUUCUGGGAAGUGUUUGAUGAACUGUCAGACAGAAACAAGAAGGCCUUCCUCUUGUUUCUGACAGGUUUUGACAGAGUGCCUGUUCUCGGUAUGAACCAGGUGAAGAUGAGAGUUUGCCCCCGAUUACCCUCCACCCAAGACCACUUACCUGAGGCUCUUACCUGCCAUUCCCUCCUGCAGCUUCCAGUGUACAACACCAAGGAAACACUCCAAGCUAAACUCACAGAGGCCCUACAGCACAAGAGAGGAUUCUGGGACGAUUAACAAAUGUUAUAUUGUGCAACAUUUAUCUCUGUCUUAAUAUAUAGAAAUAUGACCCAUAAUCGUGUGGUAAAAUAUGGCAUUUUAUUGUAAUUUUUAUUGUAAUUAAUCAGGAAACUCACAGUUAAACCUUAUUUUCACAACCUACAAAACACAUACAUUUGCUCAUACUUGAAUAAAACUUAAAUAAUUAAAUAGAAAUAGAAAUGAAGUAAUCAAUAACGAUUCUGUCAGCUUUGAUUUGAGUUUUGUUUAUUGUAAUUCUUUUUUUUUUUUUUUUUUCUUAGGGGAGUGGUUGAGUGAAAAAUCAGUAACGAGGCAUGUUCCGUGUCCAAAUGUUACCAGUACUACUAUUAAACAAAAGUUGUUAAUAGUUACACACAUAUAUGAGUAAAUACAUUCACACACACUUAUCUCAGUCAAUCAUAUUGCAUCCUUGGCUUUACAUUUAUUAUUUAUACACUAUACACUACAUUUACACAAUAUAUUUAUACACUUACUCACUCUCAUAAGUUUCAUAGACCCCUAUAUAGAACCCUGGGGUGCUAUACAAAAUAUGCAAUACCAAACAAUUACCCAAUAAUUCCAGAUAGUUUCUGCAUUAGAAUUAAUGACUGAAUAAUAAACCUAAAAUGUAAGAGAUUAAGGCUUACAGUAAGUCCUCCUGUAUUUUAAACCACAUUGACUAGCCUGUUAGACCUAAAUGAAAUCCCUAAUGCAGCAGGAGUGUCGGUUUAAUGUGUAAUUUACUUCUCCUUAACUUAGUUUAGACGUUUUUGAAAAUUUAAGCUAUUUUGUCUUAUUUCUGAAAUUUUACUCCUGAGAAACAACAGUUGUAUCACUCCGAUCAAAAUAUAAGCUCUUUAAAUUCUUUGACUUAAAUUUGGUUCACCCCAGAUUCGUCAAUCAUUCAAAAACUGAGACACAAAUAUCAGAUCUAAAAUUAAACUUCUCUGUUUCACAGAAGACUAACCUAAGAAACAUUAAAGAUCUAUCUCAUUGUUUUCCUUCAUUGGUAUAUUGGUAACAAGUUACAGUUCAUCUUAUUGUUGACUUGUAUGAAGAAGUGUGUAAUCAACUGUGAUUUACAUGUUUUCCCCUUGGGAAGUGGUUGACUCUGUUUACAAAAUAAACAUUUAUUUAGGUAUUUAAAAAUAUGUCUUACUAAGGAGGCUGAAUACUAAUCUAAUUUAUAACUGUCCAAAUCAUCUUUGGCUAUACACAGACAUCAUAAGAUAUGGCAGGGUUAAGCAAAAAGCACAGUAUUUAAUCAUACCAUGAUAAGUUUUGUUAUCACAAUACACUUUUGCAUAAUAAAUAUACAUCCUUUGCUUUAUAAACAGGUCUAAGUUGGAAUAAAGCACACAGCCGAGGCAGAA